AUGCGAUCCUCCGCCAUCUUCGUUGCCAUUGCCGCUGCUGUGGUGUCGGCCCAGGUCCCGACCUACAAGAGCUCUCUCAACAUGACUAUUGAUCCCAACACUGUUCCCCAGCAACAGCGAGCCGUGUGGUGCCAGGCCCAGACCAACACCUGCCAGGUUCUUUGCGACAACAACGCCGAUGAGAAUGAUUGUAGCCAGGCUACUCUGUCGUACGACUGCACGUGCGCGUCCAACAGCUCUGCUCCCGGUCUCCAGUACUACACCCAGACCCUGCCCACCUUCAUCUGCGAGCAGCUCUUCUCCAACUGCAUCCAGACCAACGCCGGCAACCAGGACGGACAGAACGCCUGCAAGUCCAACAUCCAGAAGCUCUGUGCCACCCAAAGCCCUCCUACUGCCGCCGAGAUUAGCAGCCUGGACCAAAGCACUGCGGCCGCUGAGACCACCUCCUCCAAGGGUGCCGCCUCCACUCACCACACUGCUGCGACCACCACUGCGCCUGAGUCUGCUAGCAGCGCCGCCCAGACCAGCACCUCCAGCGCCUUUGCAGCCGCUACCCAGGGUCCCAUGGGAACCGGCGCCUUUGCCAUGGCUGCCGCCGGCCUCAUGGCAUACGUUCUCUAG